AUGCAGCAACCCAACGCCUGCAUCCGCUGCGCUUCUAGAAAAGUCAGAUGCGACAGACAUGAACCCUGUCGCACCUGUGCCCGCUCGGGUCUUGAAUGCGUGUAUCGCGUUGUGCCGCCGAGGCAGCGCAGAGAGGACGCCCUCUCGACUAAACUGAGACGGUACGAGGAGCUCCUGCGGGAAGCAGGGGUGAAUAUCGACUCAGAUUCGAUAACUGGUACCCGUGGCAUUGACGAUCCCAAUGACCAAGGCCGAGAUGGAGAUGGAGAGAAUGAAUCUGGGGGUCUGGUGGAGGAAGAGAGCGGAAAGAAGUACUACGAGAAUAAUCUACUCCUGGAGUUUGGUCAGAAGGUUAUACCGUUCAUUUAUCUAUCAAUUUUAUUUCUUGCUGGAUACAAUCGAAGUCAAACAGGAGAAGAUCUGCCCUCGCAGCUGCUCUUGGGCAGCUCCCCUGUGCCCACCGCCAUAUCUAUAGAUGCCUCCAUGGCGAAGACGCUAUGGACUGUUUUCUGCGAGAAUGUCAAUCCCCUGAUCAAGAUAAUUCACGUCCCGACGGGGUCAUCUCUGCUGGAGGAAGUGCUCGCAGGCGACACCCCCGUGCGACCUGCCCGAGACGCCCUGUUCUACUCUAUCUACGCCUGUGCGGUGAUGUCGAUGGCCGAGGAUGAAUGUGCGGCUCUUUUCCACAGGGAGAGGGGAGCAGUGUUGGAUGAGAUGAUGGCAGCAGCUAAACGGGCCUUGCUCGAGGCGUCUUUUAUGCAGUCGCUGGAGCUGAUGGUCCUCCAGGCAUUUGUUCUUUUUUUGACAGCACUGCAGACAUGCACUGAAUCCUCGGCCUUCUGGUCACUGCUUGGCGUCGCUAUUCGGCGCGCGCAGACACUAGGUCUACAUCGAGACGGCACCCGACUGGGUCUCUCGCUGUUUGAGACGGAGAUGCGUCGCCGACUCUGGUGGUACCUCGUCAGUUUGGACGUGCGGGCGACAGAGGUGGCGGGCGCGGGCGCAGGCAGCUCGAUCCUCUCGCAGCCGUGGGAUACGCAGGUGCCGCUGAACGUCGACGACGACUCCUUACACCUCGGUAUGACGGGGGAGGACUUUCCCGAGUCUCGGAGCGGCCUGACAGAGAUGAGCUUCGUUCUCUUCCGCUGCGAGACGGUGCGGUUCCUGCGACUGGCGGAGAACCGUAGCCUGCCACUGGGAGGAGCACCGCCUCGCCGCGGCGCACAGAUCGCCCUGCUGGGAGACCGCAUAGCCGACUUUGAAAACCGGCUCGAGGAACGCUUCCUGCGAUUCUGCGACCCGGUGGUGCCCCUACAUGCCUUGCUGAACGUGACGGCGCGUGCGACGGUGGCUAAACUCCAGCGGAUUGCAGCCAUGUUCCGCUCAGACCAGCAGCAGCAGCAGCGGCAACAAGCAUCUAAUGACCACCGCGCGGAGAAUCUAGAGCAGACGUAUGCGUUUGGAGUGAGGAUGCUAGAAUACGACCACCUGGUUCUUUCCAAUCGCGCCACGCAGAGGUUCGGCUGGUACACGCGCACGCAGUUCGCCUGGGGUGCGGCCAUCGGCCUGCUCGAAUGGCUCCGGCUCUCGACAAAGAAGGACCCCGGCGCCGACGUCGCCGUCUGGGGCCCGUGUGAAGAGUCUGCAUGGCAGCAUAUCGAGCAACUGUACGAUCAUCACCCGGAGUACUUGCAGCCUCAGCAGCACAGCGCGCUCCCCCGGACGGUCAACAAUCUUGCAGUGCGGGUGUGGAACGGGGGACCCCAGCGCUGGCCACCGCCUGCAUUUAUUGAGGCAAUUAAGUCGGUUGGUUCUAGAUGUAGUACUGGCGAGGGGAAUGAAAACAACCUUGCUUUCCUUUCUGACUCGGCGCAGCUCUGGGAUGGCAACUUCUCUUGGGAUAUCGACACAUGGAUUUGAGUACAGUCAGGGUAUAGAAGAGCAAUGAGGAGUUAAGAAUAGAUAUAAUUGUAACUACAUAAAUAUUAAUCAUCG